GACACAUAUCAAGUGUUACGAGAAUUGUGUGACCUUGUUUUAUCAAAUACGUUGGAUUACGAACAAUUUUGCAAUAUGCUUAAAAAACAAUUCUCACCCAAAAUUGCAGUAUAUCGUGAACGCACAAAAUUCUACGAGUUGAAACAAAGCAAUAAUCAGUCUAUCAAUGAAUGGUACGUAAAUAUGAAGAAAGCGGCUAUGAGUUGCGAAUUCGGCAAUCACCUAAUAGAGAAACUUAAGAACAAAUUUGUCACGGGGCUUAUAAAAGGUCCAAUAUUAGAUAGGCUAUGCGAGGAAGAGCCAAAGAAAACUCUCAUCGAACUGAUAGAAAUCGCACAAAAAAGAAAAGUAUCAAUCUUGAAAUCAAACGAAAUUUUCUUCCCUAUAAACAAAGUACACCAACCAAAAGCUUAUCAAAAACCAAAGGCAGUCAAGGAGCGAGGAGUGUAUAGACAAAUCCAAAUUAAGAUCAAUAUCAUUAGAUUUCAUGUCCAAGGCACUCAAAUUUAAUAUAUCAACAAAUGGUAUUAUAUCACUAUGUUUUAAUUCAAUUUUAAAUUGACCAUUGUUAUUCCCAAAUAUAACUCUAGGAUGAGAUAGAAGAUUUCUGCCCAACAUACAAUUACACCUAAUUGUGUAAUUGGGUACAACAUUUAAUUUAAUAUUUAUUAGAUCACCAAA